UGCUGCUGCAGCACGGAGCCGAUCCAAACAUUCGGAACACCGAUGGGAAAUCUGCGCUGGAUCUGGCAGACCCUUCAGCAAAAGCUGUGCUCACGGGUGAAUACAAGAAGGACGAACUCCUGGAAGCUGCUAGGAGUGGUAAUGAAGAAAAACUGAUGGCUUUAUUGACUCCUCUAAAUGUGAACUGCCAUGCAAGUGAUGGGCGUAAGUCCACUCCUUUACACCUAGCAGCAGGCUACAACAGAGUUCGAAUAGUCCAGCUUCUGCUCCAGCAUGGUGCAGAUGUUCACGCGAAGGACAAAGGUGGUCUUGUGCCUCUUCAUAAUGCAUGUUCAUAUGGACACUACGAGGUUACAGAGCUGCUGCUUAAGCAUGGUGCCUGUGUGAAUGCUAUGGACCUCUGGCAGUUCACCCCCUUGCACGAGGCUGCAUCCAAGAACCGUGUGGAGGUCUGCUCCCUCCUGCUGAGUCACGGUGCGGAUCCCACGUUGGUCAACUGCCACGGCAAGAGCGCGGUCGAUAUGGCUCCAACACCUGAGCUGAGGGAGAGAUUGACCUAUGAAUUCAAAGGACACUCUUUGCUGCAAGCAGCCAGAGAGGCAGACCUAGCCAAAGUGAAAAAGACACUUGCUUUGGAGAUCAUUAAUUUUAAGCAGCCACAGUCGCAUGAGACUGCACUGCACUGUGCUGUGGCCGCUGUGCAUCCCAAGAGGAAGCAAGUUACAGAACUAUUGCUCAGGAAGGGAGCAAAUGUUAAUGAGAAAAACAAAGAUUUCAUGACACCUUUGCAUGUUGCAGCUGAAAAAGCACAUAAUGAUGUCAUGGAAGUUCUGCAUAAACAUGGAGCAAAGAUGAAUGCACUGGACACACUUGGUCAAACAGCGUUGCACAGGGCUGCGUUAGCGGGUCACUUGCAAACCUGCCGGCUCUUGCUGAAUUACGGCUCCGAUCCCUCCAUCAUCUCUUUACAAGGCUUCACAGCAGCACAGAUGGGAAAUGAAGCAGUGCAACAGAUUCUAAGUGAAAGUACACCUGUGCGUACAUCUGAUGUGGAUUAUCGGUUGUUAGAAGCAUCCAAAGCCGGAGACUUGGAAACUGUGAAGCAACUUUGCAGCCCUCAGAAUGUGAAUUGUAGAGAUUUGGAAGGCCGUCAUUCAACGCCACUGCACUUUGCUGCAGGAUAUAACCGCGUAUCGGUGGUGGAGUAUCUGUUGCACCAUGGAGCAGAUGUGCAUGCCAAAGAUAAAGGUGGCUUAGUACCCCUGCACAAUGCCUGUUCUUAUGGACACUACGAAGUGGCUGAACUCUUGGUGAGGCAUGGUGCUUCUGUCAACGUGGCAGACCUGUGGAAAUUCACUCCUCUGCAUGAAGCAGCAGCAAAAGGAAAAUACGAAAUCUGCAAGCUUCUUUUAAAACAUGGAGCUGAUCCAACAAAAAAGAAUCGAGAUGGGAACACUCCUCUAGAUUUGGUGAAAGAAGGAGACACAGAUAUCCAGGACUUACUGCGAGGAGACGCGGCUUUGCUAGAUGCUGCCAAGAAGGGGUGCCUGGCACGAGUGCAGAAGCUGUGUACUCAAGAAAACAUCAAUUGCAGAGACACCCAGGGAAGAAAUUCAACACCGCUACAUCUUGCAGCUGGUUACAACAAUUUGGAAGUAGCUGAGUACCUUCUUGAGCAUGGUGCUGAUGUUAAUGCCCAGGACAAAGGAGGAUUAAUCCCCCUACACAAUGCAGCAUCCUAUGGGCAUGUGGAUAUAGCAGCACUGUUGAUCAAAUACAAUACCUGCGUAAAUGCAACAGAUAAAUGGGCUUUCACACCAUUGCAUGAAGCUGCGCAAAAAGGAAGAACACAGCUCUGUGCUCUGCUGCUAGCUCAUGGGGCAGAUCCGACCAUGAAGAAUCAGGAGGGUCAGACACCACUAGACCUGGCAACA